AUGCAAGCAUACGUUGACAUUUUCAAGGCAGCUGCGUGGGAGCUGGGCCAGCCCCGCAGCACCCACGCGGGUGCCGUCCUUGAAAACGCUCUGAUAAACCGGGUCUCGGGCUUUGAUCUCGCAUUCCUUGCUGUUCUCUCUCCUGCGCAGUGGAAUGAAGUCACCAGGUACUUCCGAGCUGGCAUGCCCCUCCGGAAGCACAGGCAGCACCUCCGGAGGCACGGGAGCUGCUUCACCGCGGCAGAAGCUGCAGACUGGCUGCACCAGGUCCUGAGGGAUAACAGUAACUUCGGCCCUGAAGUCACAAGGCAGCAAACUGUUCAACUAUUAAGAAAGUUUCUCAAGAACCACAUCAUUGAAGAUAUCAAAGGGAGAUGGGGGUCUGAAAAUUUAGAAGACAAUGGUGUGCUGUACAGAUUUCCUUCGACAUCUCCAGUUAAACCUCUACCAAGCUUAUGUCCACCAAAAGAGAACUUGGAAAACUCUAGAGACAAAGAGAGACCUUUUAAGCUGCCACAUUUAUCCAAGAGAACUUUGAAAAAAAAUGAGUUGCUGAAGUCUCUGGAAAAUUUAGAGAGAACAAACUCAGAUAUAAUAGAGGAAAACAAGGAAGACAAACCACGUAGGAAGGAAAUAAGCCAGGAAUAUGUGCAAGAAACUUGGAGAAAUAUCAUUCUAAUACAUUUGCAGACCAUUUUAGGCCUCCCAUCUUUGGAAGAAGUUUUGCAGCCAACACAGAUAGUUCCUGAGUAUGUCAUAUACAACAUGACUAAUGUCAGCAAACAUGGGGUGGUUAUUUUGCAGAACAAAUCAGAAGACCUCCCUCAUUGGGUGUUGUCAGCCAUGAAAUGCCUGGCUUACUGGCCUCGAAAUAAUGACAUGAGCCAACCAACUUACAGUGGGUUUGAACGGGAUGUGUUCAGAACAGUUGCUGAUUACUUUCUCAAUCUCCCUGAACCAUUGCUUACUUUUGAGUACUAUGAACUUUUUGUUAAUAUUUUAGAUCUCCUUCAGCCUCACUUAGAAAGAAUUGCUGUGGAAGCCCUGCAGAUCUGUUGCCUGCUGCUGCCACCGCCCAAUCGCAGGAAGAUCCAGCUCCUGAUGCGCAUGAUCUCCCGGAUCAGUGAAAACGUGGACAUGCCCCGACUGCACCAGGAGAUGGGAACACGCUCUUUGAUGAUCCAGACCUUUUCCCGCUGUGUGAUGUGCUGUGCAGAAGAAGUAGAUCUUGAUGAGCUGCUUUCUACACGACUGAUUUCGUUUCUCAUGGACCAUCAACAAGAAAUAUUUAAAGUCCCAACCUACCUGCAGGUUGCAGUGCAAGAUCACAUAGAGUACAUGAAGGUGGCUGAGUGCAAAUAUCCAAAGGAAGACAUGUGUGCCAUAUUGCCAACCUAUUCCUACUGCAAGCAAAUAACUCCUCAGGAGUUUGAAGAGCAAAAGGUUUCUACCUCUCAAGCUGCUGUGGCAGAGCUCUUGGAGAACAUUAUCAAAGAUAAAAACUUGUCUGUGAAAGACAAGAAGAAGAAGUUAAAACAGUUUCAGAAGGAGUACCCUCUGAUCUACCAGAACAGAUUUCCAACCACAGAAAAUGAAGCAAUGCUAUUGGAGAACAAACCUACCAUCAAACAACCCAUGCUGAGCUUAAGAAAGCCAAGACUUCGCAGCCUGAGAUACUGA